AUUCACUCGUUCCGUCGCUCGCGUUUGUCAUUCGGGAUGGAGCAACAUGGCGGACGUGAGACAUGAAGUACGGGUUGAAGAGCGUUUAAAAAUAAAAAUCGGUGAAGCAAAAAACCUCCAGUGUCGUAGUCAUGGUUCAGUUGGUCAACGUGAUGUGUACUGCACAUUGACACUUGAUCAGGAAGAAAUUUUCCGCACUACUACUAUCGAACGAACUCUAAACCCCUUCUUUGGUGAGGAGUUUCAGUUUGAAGUACCAAGAAAAUUUCGCUACUUGUCAGUGUAUGUUUAUGACCGGGACCGUCAUCUGAAACAGGACAAGGUGCUGGGGAAGGUAGCCCUGAAACGUGAGGAACUGAAUAGCUAUCACAAUAAAGAUCAUUGGUUCCUCAUUCGACCCGUCGAUGCAGAUAGUGAAGUUCAGGGUAAAGCACAUAUAGAAGUUAAAAUUGAACCUGUUGUAAAAUCAGUUGACAAUGAGCAGCAGAACAGUAGAGCAGUUGUGAGGCUUAUUGAGUGCAGUGACCUGACAAUAAAAAAUGGAAACUGUGAUCCAUUUGCAACUGUAACUAUGUGCUACUCUAAUGGCAAGCAAGAAACAAAGAAGACAAAAGUUAAGAAAAAAACUGUUUCCCCUCUGUUCGACGAAGUCUUGACAUUUGAACUUCCAGGUUUGCGUGGCCAGAAUCAUGACAGGGAUACGUAUUCAAUUCAGCAAGAAGAUGUUGAAUUCAAUGAACUUCGUGUGAGCCUGUGGCAUGAUGCACCAGGGAUGUCAGACAAUGUAUUUCUUGGAGAAGUUCGCAUACCUUUGAGGGAGCAGCAACAGCAGCAGUUAGCAAGUACAAAUGCAUGGUAUUUCCUGCAGCCCCGGUCUACUAAAAACCGACCAAGUAAAUCUGUUGGCAAUGGUUCAGGCAUGUUGGGAAGUCCAUCCGACAGCCUUGGAUCUCUCAGAUUAAAGAUUCACUACACAGCUGAUCAUGUGUUUCCUAGUCAUGUAUACAGCCAGCUGCGUUCGUUAAUAUUACAAAGUGUUCAUAUUGAGCCAGUCACAUCGAGUGCAGCAUAUAUACUCGGAGAGAUAGUGCCUUGCAAGUUGGAUGCAGCGCAACCACUCGUGAGAGUGUUUAUGCACCAUGGAGAAAUCGUUCCAAUGAUUCGCGCACUUGCACAGUGGGAGAUUUCUAAAGUCACUGAUGCAAAUACAAUUUUCCGUGGUAACACUUUGGUUUCAAAAAUGAUGGAUGAAGUCAUGAGAUUAGCUGGUCGCCACUACUUACAUAACACACUUAGACCAGCCAUUGACCUCGUUUUCCAGGAACGCAAACCAUGUGAAAUAGAUUCCAGCCGUUGUAAGGAUCCUAGUAUAAUACAAACAAAUUUAGCUAAUCUUAAGGAGUACGUUGAAAUUAUAUUUCAAGCCAUCACAUCAUCAGCUCUCCAGUGCCCCACUGUCAUGUGCCAGCUAUUCCAUGAUCUCAAAGAGUUAGCAAGUACUCACUUCAAAGAUAAUAAGGAAGUCAAGUAUUCAGUUAUAUCUGGUUUCAUCUUCCUCAGGUUUUUUGCCCCUGCCAUUUUAGGACCGAAGCUGUUCGAUUUAACAACAGAACAAAUAGACUCUCAGACAAAUAGAACUUUAACUCUUAUUUCCAAAACAAUACAAAGCCUAGGAAACCUUGUAAGUUCACGGUCUUCCCAGCAAACAUUCAAAGAAGAAUAUAUGGUUGCAGUCCACCGAGAGUUUUACACAGAAAAACAUAUUGAAGCUGUGAGACAGUUCUUGGAAAUAAUCUCAGCUUCGUCCAACCCAGGUCAUAGAAGUUUAGACUCUCCUGUUGUUCUCAAGGAAGGAGUUAUGAUAAAGCGGGCCCAAGGUCGGAAAAGGUUCGGGCGUAAGAACUUCAAGCAGCGGUAUUUCAGACUGACUACUCAAGAUCUCACAUAUUCAAAAACCAAAGGAAAGGAACCACUUUGUUCUAUUCCACUGGACAAAAUAUUGGCCGUAGAACGACUACAGGAAGACUCAUUCAAGAUGAAGAAUAUGUUUCAGAUUGUUCAGCCAGAGAGAGCUUUAUACAUACAGGCAAAUAACUGUGUUGAAGAAAAAGAAUGGAUUGAUAUUUUGACAAAGAUAUGCCAGAGGAACAGCAAUCGACUGAAACGAUACCAUCCCUCUGCCUAUAUCAAUGGAACUUGGCUGUGCUGUAGGUCAUCAAAUGAAUUUGAACCAGGAUGCAAGGAUGUCUCACCAGGUUCCGAAGCAGGUCUUCAGAUGAAUUUAGAUCCUGACCGAGAAUUACAGAGAAUUCAUUCUUUAUUUAUUACACAUAUGGCUAAAGUGGAAAGUCUGAAAGAGUCCUGUGAAUGUCAAGCUGUAUAUACUGGUGAUCUGUGUUUCUUGCCAAAUUUUGUUAUUGAAGAUGUCCAGUCAUGUUUCAAGACACUGACACAAAUCUGUGAAGCUGCGUAUGAAUUGGAACAAGAACAUCGAAAUUACUUAAGAUCUUUGGCUCGUGAAACUAAGUAUGGGAGCAAGCAAGCACCAAUUGGCGAUGACAACUACCUGUUACUUGCUGCUAGUUUUGGACGUAUGGACAACAGUAUCUUAAGAAAGACUUGCAGUAUACCUAACUGACAAUUACUUCUUUCAUCUUCUGUGAAGUAUGGGAGACUGUUGCUCCAACUAGAGCUUAUUUGGUGCUGUGAAGUUGAUGUUUGAGAAGAUUAAGUGGUAAAAUUACAGAACUGGCACAUCAGUGGUAUUUUUUAUUUUUUCAGUUCUUUAAAAUUAAGCAUGUGAAAUUACGUGCUUAAUAUCAAAAAAGUGUAAUUGUGAGGUUCUGAAUUACAUGCUUAAUAUCAGAAAAGUGUAAUUGUGAGGUUCUGAGAAGACAGAAAUCGCAGUGGCAGUGUUCAAAAAGGUAGAGUUGAGAUUAAUGUUUUUUUCGUAGAAUUUUUUAUUGUACAAUAUGCAUAUGUUCUUGCAUGCAAACAUCCAUAUGCAUAGGAGUGCACAUGGCAAGUGCAAUAAAACAGCCAACUAGAUACUGACUAGAACAUAAAAUUUCUGGUAGAAAUAAAAGUGCAUUUGUGAUAACACAAAAUGGACACCAUGUUACUGCUGUAUAUUUAUAGUUGCAAAAACUGUAAGGUACAAUAAGAAAAGGGCAUUUGUAGGGACUGAUAGAUGAUAUGUUCUCAUUAUGCUGUUGGACAUUUUUAAAUGCAAAGUUUGGUGCUGUUAUAUGAUAAGAAAUCUCAUGUGUAAGAAUAUUGUGUGAUUGGGUAACUGGAAGCAUUUAGUCAUAUUGACAUUGUUCUGUAUCAAUCACUACUUUUGUUUUAACUCUCAUUCCAUUGUGUAAGACUUGCACACCACACACAACAAAAGUGUUUUACUACUCACUAAUUCAUUGCUUUAUGAAAUGUGACUCAUAAAUUAUUUUAUAAAUUGUAUUGCAUGCAAAGGUUUUCAUUUCUGUAACAAUAGGUGCUAUUAUAAAUAUAUUCUCUGAGAUGUUGACAGCUAAUAUUAUAAUCCACAAAUGCUGAUAAUGUUUGAAGAACAGAUCACAAAUUAUUCAUUACAUAACACAAAAUUUUCACAUGCCUCUUUCCAUAGUACUUCCAAGUGCAUUAUUUAUAGAGAACAUUCUCCUGAAUAUAGAGAUAUCAUGUCAAUAUUUAAAAAUUCCUAGCACUGUUCUCUCUUGCAAAUAUGCAUUCCAAAACAAACUUUAAUUAGAUGUGAUUGAUUGAUUGAUUGUAACUGAGCAUCACAGCCUCAAUAAAUUCCAAUGAGGAUAUGGUAAUUUCCCAAAAGACUUCAGCUAUACUGACAUCAAUGCUAUCUCUCAAAUUUUAUGGAGUUACAGCAAAACUGUCUCUACACUCACAAAUAAGUUACUAUUCUCUUCACACUGACCUCUCUUGAACUGACUUGUUCUGAACUUCAGUGUGAGUUUUCCAUUGAAGAGUUGCCUUUUACUCAUGUAACACCACUUGUACACUCUUGGCACAGAGUAAAUUUGUGCCCAACAAAUGGGGAACAGUCCAACUACAAGCCUUCUUUACUAUUGAGUUUUACUGAAUGAUAACAAAAUCUGUCAUUACCACUUCCGUCGUAUGUUGAUGAUAAUUUCCUGACUUCCACAGUGAUUCAUAGAAGGAAUACUGCUCCGAACUUAAAUAUAUUAGUUACUUACAUUACCUCAUUAGCUGCUACAGAGUCCUUGAAACAGUUCCCUGACUGAUCAAACACAGAGUGCAAUAGUUUAGCUACAAGUAAACAAAAAUUUAUUUUUAAUAUUUAACACAAAUUUGUCAUCUGUUCUUCAGAGAACCCUUAUCAGCUUGAAUGGUACUGUGAAACAGUGCAGCCUCAGUAGAAGAAAGUAAACUAUAUAGUCUACAAGUCAACCACAAUGUUAUUGCACCUGAGUGUGAGGGCAUUUCAGUCAGCUCAUGAGUUUGCCUUUUGCACUUGAAGUCCUUCAGAAUAUGCUCUGCUUUUCUAACAACCAGACAACUUGUUCUUGAAGCUAUUCAGACUCCACAUUGUAAAAAAAAUAAAAUAAAAUAAAUAAAUAAAUAAAAGGUUGUUACUGUUUGUUUACUGCAACGUCACAGUAUAUUUCUGAUAAUGGCCACAGGAGGCCAAGUGCAAUAAUAUUGCGGUUGGGUAGUACAUAAAUUACACAAAUAAAAAUUGUUAUGUUUGAACUGAUGAGAUUCUAUUGCUGAUAUCGUGUAGUAUUGUAAAUCAUAGUCAUGGCUUGCUUCAGUGGACUUCAUUAACUCCAAAAUUAAUAAUUAAUUUUUACACAUCUCAUACAUUGUGGGACACAAUGAUUGUCUAACAUUCAUGUACAUAUAAAAUUGUGACAUUACACUUUAUCAAAUAUAUGAUUAUAAACAACCAAAGUAUCAAUUGAAGGAGAUUAUAUUUGCAUUGUUCUGAUUGUGAAAAUUCAAGAGGCAAUUUCUCAUACAUGUGUCACUAGCUCUGAUGCUGCACUGUAUCCCAUUUCCAAACUUUGCGGUAUCUUAAUGUGCUCUCUCUUUUUAAACCAUUGAGGUUCAUUUACUGGCUUCCUCUUUAGAUAUUAACGGUGUUUAUUGUUUAAAGUAAUGUUUAAUUGAGUGUUUUGUGUGUGUGUGUGUGUGUGUGUGUGUGUGUGUGUGUGUGUGUGUGUGCACGCAAGGGAUAAUCAGUGUUUUCCUAGCUACAUUUAUUAAGUUUAUUUAUUUCACUUUCAUAAGUAGUGUCAGAAGUGUUGUAUAUUAGUUUGUACAGUAUUUUCAUUGACAUGUUGUACUGUGGAGGAAGAUUUAGUUUCCUUACAUCACAAGAGGAAUUUUUUUGUCUCCAGAGAAACCGAUUUCAUAUUUCUGUGUGCCAAAGUGGAACGUGUCAUGUAUUUUCUUAUGCUGACUGAGCAAUUGUUAUCAGAAGCAAAGAAUAACAUUUGCUAUUAGCAAGAAAUGUUCGUUUUAUGUUUGUCAAAUUUUUAAUGACUUUGUACCAAUCUGAAGGCUGUGAAAUUCAACUCACAUUUCUGUGUACUGUUGUGUGUGAAAUUAUUUGUUCUUGUUUUGUAUAGUGUGAUUACCUAUGUAGAAUAGUAAUUACUUUUUAUUUUACAAGACCAUUGUCUUAAGUACAAAUGUUGAGCAGAAAUGCAAAUGUAUUUACAAAUGACUUAUGUACAUUACAAGAAUGAAGUUUGAUUACAAGUGUGUAAGGUAACAAUGUAAUGUAUUGUAAGGUUUUCCCAGUGUUCUCUUUUGUAAAAAAGAAAAAAGCUAACCUGUAAAUUUUUAG